AUGGCACUGUACCAUCAAACUUACCAACUCACCGACAAGAGUGAUGUGUAUAGCUUUGGUAUAGUUCUGUUGGAGCUUAUCACAGGAAGACCUCCGAUUGUGCCUGGUCUGGGAAACAUUCACAUCAUGCUGUGGAUCGCCCCAAGUCUUUCCUCGGGGAACAUAGAUGAAAUUGUUGAUGAAAAUCUACAAGGAAAAUGCAACCCUACUUCUGCAUGGAAGAUCCUGGAAUUAGCUCUCACGUGCACAGCAGAUAAAGGCAGCCAGAGACCAACAAUGUUUCAAGUAGUGAUGCAGCUGAAGAGCUGCUUGGAGCAAGAGAUUGAUUCUUACAAGAGCGAGAACAUAUAUAGUAAAGGUUUUAAUGUAAGCCAAGAAACUGCAUCUGAUAUAGGAGGACCAUUUGGUCCUUCUGCCAGAUAA